GAGAAUUCUGAGAAACAACCCCAGGACCUGAGAGGCAUCCAGACAUGGUUUCAAAUGAUGAAAACUACAGAGGUGGAAGUUCUGCAACAAAGGUUUCUGUUGGUUCAGGAUUUCUGAGCACUGUCAGAGUUGGGUCCAGAAGUCUCCCACUUUAUCCUCGGAUUAUUCUGUGCUUGGGACUGCUUGACACUGUUCUGAUCAUAACGGCAAUUGUCAUUGGGGUUUACUGUGGUACAGCUACUGAGAAGUCAGCUCCAGACCAAACUGCACAAACCCUCUUAAUAGAGUUCAAGACACUUCAAGAAAUGCAAACUGAAGUAAUCCAGUCUCAUGAAGAGGACAAACAAGCAUUAAAAGAGGAGUUGAAGAAAAACAAAGAACUGAAACUGCUUGUUGAGCUGAACCAGAGUUCCUGUGAUCGACUGCAGACACAGAUUGAGUCUCUUCACGUAGAGAGAGCAACACUGCAAUCCCACAUUUCUGAUAUUGAGGGCAGUUGUGGACGAUGCCUUUCAGGAUGGCAACUAAUCAACUCAACAUGCUACUUUCAUUCUGUGUCAGAAACUAGAGCCUUCAAGAACUGGCAAGACAGCAUGGUGGAUUGUAUCAGCCGGGGGGGCAACCUUACUGUAAUUAAUACCUGGGAGAAGCAGCUCAACCUGUAUGAGUUUCUACCAAAAAAGGAUCAAAGCUUACAGUUCGGAGCACAAAGAGGAGCCUGGAUCGGCCUUAGAUAUAUUCAAGCAGACCGCAGUUGGGUGUGGUUAAAUAAAGUGACUCUGCACGGUCCAGGGUACUGGAAUGUCGAGUCGCUCAACAACCAAAAUGAAGGAGAUGAGUCUUGCGUAGCAAUUCUGAAUAUGAGAACCCCAGAAAGAACGUGGUUUCAUGCAUAUUGCCGUUUGGAAAAGGAAUGGAUAUGUGAAAUGGAGCCAAACUAGCUGUGGAGAGAAUGAUUGGUCUGUUAUCAGAUGAGAUGAAAAUCUCUCCAUCAUAUUAAAGAAGCUAAGAGAAGAAGAUGCUAUGAUGUUCUUUUUUCAAGUAUUAUAUGUCUGCAGUGUUCUUUUUUGAAUAAAUAUAAGGAAGUAUUAACAAAAGUGGAUUAUUCAUU